AAAAGGAAAGGAAAACGAGAGGAAGGGUCUCUGUCCAGUCCAGUCCACUUCCGGCCCAUUUGCUAGUAUACAAGUCUACUACCACGCCGUCGCCGGCGGCCGGCCUCAUUCGGCAACCAACCAUGUGGCGCGCGGCCGCCUCCCACCUCCUCCGCCGCCGCGCCGCGCAUCCUCCUCCCUCUCCGGCAACCGCCACAGGGGCGGCCUGCGCGCUCCGCCACGUGCGCCUCUUCUCCCCGCCUCCGCAUCCGCCGUCGUCGCGGCCCGCGGAGGCCGAGGCGGAGGUGACGGCGGCGGAGGCGCGGAGGCUGGUGCGGCUGGUGGGCGUGGAGGCGCUCAAGCGGCGGCUGAGGGACGGGCGGGAGGAGGUGGUCGGGUACGGGGAGCUCCUGGACGCCUGCGUCGAGGCCGGCGCGGCGCGCACGCGGCGUGACGCGGAGGCGCUCGCCCGGGCCAUGGAUGAGGCCGGCGUCGUGCUGCUGUUCCGCGACAAGGCCUACCUCCACCCCGAGAAGGUGGUUGAGCUUGUUAGAAGAGCUGUUCCGCUUGCACUCUCACCGGAGAACGAUUCAAGAAAAGAAGAGCUGAAGAAGCUCCAGGAGAAGAAGGAAGAGAUCGACAAGCUGGCACACAAGCAAGUUCGGCGCAUCCUGUGGUCUGGACUAGGUUUCUUCAUGUGCCAAGUUGGGCUCUUCUUCCGCCUUACUUUCUGGGAAUUUUCAUGGGAUGUGAUGGAGCCAAUUGCCUUCUUCACAACUGCAUCUGGCCUACUCGUUGGUUACGCAUAUUUCCUCAUUACCUCAAGGGAUCCAACAUAUGAGGACUUCAUGGAAAGGCUGUAUUUGUCAAGACACAGAAAGCUUUGUGCCAAGAAUAGUUUUGAUAUGGAAAAGUACCUUGAGUUGCAGAAGCAUUGCAAGUGUCCUCUGGAAGGUCAUUAUCCCCAUGGUCCUAAGUUUCAUGACUUGUAACACCUGGAUUGGAUUUUCUCUACUGUUGUUACUUGAUAAUGUACUCUUUACUUGUAGAAUCGAUAGAAAAAUACACAUGAUCCAGUCAUUGAAGGGGCAUUUAUAAAAAAAACAACAUCAACCUAA